AAUCGUAUCAUCGAAGAUCCAAAUUCAUGGAGACGAAUUCCACAAGAAGAUCCAAACCAAAUAUUCUAAUAACAGGUACUCCAGGAACAGGAAAAACUACAACCGCAUCUGCAUUAGCAGCUUCAACACAGCUCCGUCACAUAAAUAUCGUCGAUCUUGUAAAAGAGAAGAACUUAAACCAUGGAUUUAACGACGAAAUAGACCUAAUAUGUAAUGAGAUUAACCAUAUGAUGGAAUUGGGUGGAAAUAUUGUUGAUUAUCAUGUUUGUUAUUUCUUCCUAGAGGAAUGGUUUGAUCUUGUUGUAGUACUUCAAACUGAGAUCUCUGAGCUUUAUGAUCGUUUGAUAAAUAGAGAUUACUCUGAUUCAAAGCUUAAACAUGAUAUUGAAUGUGAAGUAUUUGAAGUUUUGUUGGAGGAUGCUAAAAGUAGCUAUUCCGAAGAUAUUGUGAAGCCGAUGAAAAGUAAUACACUCGAUGAUGUAAACUCGAAUGUCGACACUUUGAUGGCGUGGGUACAAGGAUGGCAACCAAAUGCUUAAC